GUGGUUUACAAAUCCGACAACAGUCAAUGCCUUUUACAGUGCAUCCACUAACCAGAUACGAUUUCCAGCUGGUGAGCUGCAGAAGCCUUUCUUUUGGGGAACAGAAUACCCUCGAUCCCUGAGUUAUGGUGCUAUAGGAGUAAUUGUUGGACAUGAAUUUACACAUGGAUUUGAUAAUAAUGGUAGAAAAUACGAUAAAAAUGGAAACCUUGAUCCUUGGUGGUCUGUGGACUCGGAAGAAAAGUUUAAGGAAAAAACAAAGUGCAUGAUUAGCCAGUAUAGCAACUAUUAUUGGAAGAAAGCUGGUUUAAAUGUAAAGGGGAAGAGGACCUUGGGAGAAAAUAUUGCUGAUAACGGAGGUCUGCGGGAGGCCUUCAGGGCUUACAGGAAAUGGGUAAAUGACAAACGGCAGGGGGUUGAAGAGCCUCUCCUACCAGGCAUCACAUUCACCAACAACCAGCUGUUCUUCUUGAGCUAUGCUCAUGUGAGGUGCAAUUCCUACAGACCAGAAGCUGCCAGAGAACAAGUCCAAAUUGGUGCUCACAGUCCUCCACAAUUUCGGGUCAAUGGUGCUGUUAGCAACUUUGAGGAAUUUCAGAAAGCUUUUAACUGUCCUCCGAAUUCCAGCAUGAACAGAGGCCUGAAUUCCUGUCGACUCUGGUAGCUGGGAGUGCUGGUUCCUACCAUUCUGCCAGAGCUGAGGGAUGCCAGUAGAGAUGGCAACGACGGACUCAGCACCUACUGCCUUUUGCCUUUAUUUCUUUGAGAACUUUUAUUUUAAUGCAUUUUUAGUAUUUGGGUAGUUGACUUGCUUGGAUCUAAACAGUAUCUGUUCAAAGUCCUUGGGCUUAUAAAAGAAUUCAAGAGCUGAACCAAAUAUAUUUCAUGAGAAAGGCAAACCAAUGAAAACAAAUGUCAAAACUAUUUGGUUAAACUGGCAUCCCUAUUAUCUGUUUUGGUUAGCCACAGGUCGGUGGCACAGAAUUCCAAUCCACAGCUUUGCAGGUGACCUGAGUUGAGUAUAUCCAUUGAAAGGACCAGUCUCUGGAAACUGUUACCCUCAAUGUGUAUCUCCUAAUUUUGAACCGAGCAGACAUCGAGAAAAGAAUUUUCUGUUUCCAUGUCAAGAACAUAUGGCUUUCAUUUCCCUUUAGCACAACUAUAUAAACACCACAUUGAGGAGGGAGUAAAGGCUCUUCCAUCUCAGCCCACUUAAUGUUACAUCCCUGGAAAAGAAAAUCCCUUUCAAAAACUUCUGGAAUUAAGGCACUUUAGUCUAUAUGAAUCCAAUUAAAAAAAUCCUGCCUAGAUCUAAGGUGCACAAAUUUACUCUUUAAGUGUUAUGAAGGGUUUAUCUUUAAAAAAGCAGUGCUGUAUUUUGAUCCUUAGAGCAUUAUUUUUUAAAUGAGCAUCUUUAGUGUUGGUUAAUGUAAUAUUAGUAUGUAUGUAUGUAGGAUGAAAUUGUUAUCACAUUUAAGAAAGUGUGUAGGAUAAAAUUGUAAUGGCAUUCAAGUGGCUACUUGGUAUUUCUUGUUUAGUUUUAGUUUUAUUUAGGAUAGGCAUUUCCCUACCCCCGUCACAUUAACCAUUGUGCAUGGGGUGCUGGGUUAAGUGGGCCAAUAGAAAACUUUCUAAAGCAAAAUGACAAAUUCAGAUGAACCACAGGAGGUCAUUUUGUAUCCUUGUGACUUGUUACCCUUUUGCAAAAAAAAAAAAAAAAAAAAAAAAAAGUAAGUGUGAGCCAUGUCCUUUUGUAACCAUGGGAACUUCCGAAGGGAGGAAAAUGGAAGGGCACCAUCAUGAGGAAAACAAUUACACUGCAUUAGUCUGAAGAGAGUGAUUUUCCCCUUGACUUCCUCCUCUCUGAGUGGAUACACUUCUGAAGGGCAGCAGCCUUUUCCUCCCCUUAACCAUGGUUUAAUGUGACCUUGGUUUGUAUUUCUAAAAGCAAACAGUAUUAUUUCAGGUGUUGGGAAUAUAUGUGCCUUUCUCCGGUGUAAGCAUUUUGAUUUGAUAAUCCUCAUUUUAUUCCUGUACUCGGGCACUUCAGAAUAGCUGGUUUGUCAUGCUUAUAUAAAUAGUGCAUUCCUUGUAGAUGUCCUUUUUUUAAAAAAAUUCCAAAGAAACAUUCCUGCAGGUCAGAGAGAGUAUUUGAUAAAACUAUAGCAUUAUGACUUUUGAAAUGGUAUUGGUGUUUGUGAUUAGUUGGGGCUCUCCAAGUUUCUGGAUGGCAGAACUAGUGACUAAUUCGGUACAACUUCGCUUAUGAAGACAAACAGAAUCACUCCUAGUAGCCACACACAUUUUCUACACGAACUAGCUUUCCAACUGGUUCUGUCUGACCCUCCAAUUUACAGUAUUGUUCUUCUCCUGUGCGACUGAUUUUGUAAAGAAAUAGACACCAAUUAAGUGGUAGAGAGAAGGUCAGACAUACCUGGAGGGAUGGAAGAAAAGCCGGGUAGCUGGCCUAAGGAAAACAAGACAGGGUUUUGGUAAUCCUUGCUAAACAUGGCCACCGGAGGAGAGCCACAAAAUCUUCAAAACUAAUUAUGGGAAAUCAAAUGGAAAUUAAAUAUUGGCUCUCAGGCUAGGGCUGCAACAACACACUGUUCUGACUCACAUAGCAGCUGUUCUGCAAGUGGACUAUUAACCGGGCAUGUACGAGGUUUUAUUUUUUUAUGUGUGGGAGAUUCUCUUGUGUGAGUCAAGGAUUUUGUAUAUUUAAAGCUGCUGAAGCUGUCUUGUUUGGCCUUGCUGCCAUUGUCUAAAGUUUGGUGAGCGUUUCAGCACGUGUUCAGCAUAGGCCUCCUAUUUCCACCCCCCUUUAGGAGAUGGAUUCGGAUACGGCUGAUGCAAGCUCAGAACUCAGAAUUCAUCCCCAAGCGUAUUUAGUGCCUUACCUCAAUGAAGCUCACAGCACAGCCCAUAACUUUUCUCUUAUUUAGCCCUGGAGCAGUGCUAAGAAGACACUAAGAACCAUGGCUUUCCAGACGGAUGGUGCUCAUGCCAGAGAAAUGGGAAGGCUUAAAAUUGCUUGUCAAAUAUUUCAGAGCCUCGAAAAAUAAUCUCCGUGUUUUGGGCUUCUGACCUUUGGAUUAACUUGCAUCUCUUAGAUUAUCAUCUUUCUUAAUAUGUUUAUUCAGCCUGUAUUUCUAAAGUAACUUAGUAUUUGGUAGCCACCAUUUUUGAUAUUUUGAACAUAAUGUCUCGAUGCAUCUUAAAUUCUGAAAGAGUAUAUGGCUGUUUCACAGAAUAACACCCUGGUCAGCAGUGGCUCUACCCUACUGUUUUGAAGAAAGAUGUUCUUGGAUUGCGCAUUUAAAGAACAAAUCUAUGGGGUCACUAGAAAACUAGUAGAUGUGAUUUUUUCCCCUUGUGAAACAAUGAGAAUCAUCAUUGUAAGGACAAUAAAACAUUGG